GCUCUUUUCAACUCGACAAAAAAACCUGGGAAAGGCGGAGACAGGUCUUAGCUGGUUUGAAAACAGCAUGCAAUUGCGGUGCUUGUGAAUUCGUAUGAAUUUUAAUUUGGUGCUUCAUUCUUAUUUUUAAAAGACAAUGUAAUUAGAAACAUUUGGGAAACAAUGCAAUCUGUGGGGGAAGUAAAACACUAAACUUUGAGCGUUCAAAAAUCUAUUUAAAGCUGCUUCCUUUUUCGCAACAGUACGAACACGUACGUCUUUGUUAGGUCGCGGGCAGAAACCGGCUCCCGAAACUUACGAAGUCAAAGGCCAGCACUUUUGCCUUUGUAGUCAAAUUGGACAUGCACAGGGUCUUGAUUUGUCUGCCGAUACGCUCGCGAUCCGAUCCCGGCAUCUGCUGGCAGCCCCCAGGAUGAUUAUGCCGCUCCAGGAUAAAGCAGCCCUACCCCGGGUGUACGGAUGCGCGGGAAGGACAUGGCGUCGUGAAGUCAGAAAAAAACUCUCGCGGGCUCGCCCGCCGCUCCCCAUGCUAAAGACCAUAGCACGUAAGCCCGCCAUGUCCUCAAAUCCCUGGUCCGCUGCGAAAGUCAGAAGCACCUUUUUGGACUACUUCAAAGAACGGUCCCACACUUAUGUGCCGUCCUCGUCUGUGGUGCCCCACAAUGACCCUACCUUGCUUUUCGCCAAUGCAGGCAUGAACCAGUACAAGCCCAUCUUCCUAGGCACCGUUGACCCUAGCUCCGAUUUUGCCAAGUUGAAGUCUGCCGCAAACUCGCAGAAGUGUAUCAGAGCUGGAGGCAAGCACAAUGACUUGGACGACGUCGGCAAGGACUCGUACCACCACACCUUUUUCGAGAUGUUGGGUAACUGGUCGUUUGGUGACUACUUCAAGAAAGAGGCCAUCCAAUACUCCUGGGGCUUGUUGACCGAUGUGUACGGUUUGGACGGUGACAGAAUGUACGUGACCUACUUCGAGGGCGACGAGAAGAACGGCUUGCAGCCGGACUUGGAGGCCAAGCAAUUCUGGCUAGACGUUGGUGUUCCUGAGGACCAUAUCUUGCCGGGGAAUGCUGCUGACAACUUCUGGGAAAUGGGCGACCAAGGUCCUUGUGGUCCAUGUUCCGAGAUCCACUAUGACCGAAUCGGCGGCAGAAACGCCUCUGCGUUGGUCAACCAAGACGACCCUAACGUUUUGGAGAUCUGGAACGUUGUGUUCAUGCAGUAUAACAGGGAGCCUGACUCGUCCUUGAGGCCCUUGCCAAACAAGCACAUCGACACUGGUAUGGGUUUCGAGAGAUUGGUGUCUAUCUUACAGGACAAGUCCUCCAACUACGACACGGAUGUCUUCACUCCCAUUUUCGACAAGAUCAAGGAGAUUACUGGCGUCAGACCUUAUGCCGGUAGGUUUGGCGACGACGAUAUCGACGGUAUUGAUACCGCAUACAGAGUCAUCGCCGAUCACGUGAGAACCUUGACUUUCGCCAUCUCUGACGGUGGUGUCCCCAACAACGAGGGAAGAGGCUAUGUUUUGAGAAGAAUUUUGAGAAGAGGUGCUCGUUACGUGCGCAAGUACAUGAACUACCCUAUCGGUUCCUUCUUCCAACAGUUGGUUGAUGUUGUUAUCGAGCAAAACUCCUCCAUUUUUCCUGAGAUUGCCAAGAACUCCACCGAGUUGAAGGAAAUCUUGGUCGAAGAAGAGGUCUCUUUUGCCAAGACUUUGGAAAGGGGUGAAAAGCUUUUCGAGAAAUAUGCUAUCAUCUGCUCCAAAACUCCUGAACAGACUUUACCCGGAAAUAUUGUUUGGAGAUUGUACGACACGUAUGGAUUCCCAGUUGACUUGACCCGAUUGAUGGCCGAAGAGGCUGGCUUGAAGAUCGACGAAGAGGGCUUUGAACAAGCCAAGGAGGCUUCGAGAGAAGCAUCUAAAGGCUUGAACUCUAAGUCAGGAUCCAGCAUGAUCAAAUUGGAUGUCCAUGCAUUGUCCGAGUUGGACAAGAACGAUGCCGUGCCAAAGACUGACGACUCCUUCAAAUAUGGGUUGGACAACACCAAGUCUAAGAUCGUUGCUUUGUAUGAUGGCUCUAAAUUUAUUGACAGUAUUUCUGAGUCUGGUGAACAAUACGGUAUCCUCUUGGACAAGACUCCAUUUUACGCUGAGCAAGGUGGUCAAGAGUACGACACUGGCUCCUUGGUCAUCGAUGGAGUAUCAGAGUUUAACGUGCGGAACGUGCAGCAAUAUGCGGGAUACGUUCUCCACACAGGUUUCUUGGUCGAAGGUACAUUGAACGUGAGUGACGAGAUUAUCGCUAGUUACGAUGAGUUAAGAAGAUGGCCGAUCAGAAACAACCACACUGGUACACAUGUUUUAAACUUGGCUUUGAGAGAAGUUCUAGGUGAUGGCGUUGACCAGAAGGGUUCUUUGGUUGCAUCUGAGAAAUUGAGGUUUGACUUUUCGCACAAGCAAGCCUUGUCUCAAAAAGAGCUCGAACAAGUAGAGAAGAUCUCUAAUGAGAACAUUGCUGCUAAUAAGCAAGUCUUUUACAAGGAUGUUUCGUUGGCUGCUGCAAAGGAGAUCAACGGUUUGAGAGCUGUUUUCGGAGAAACUUACCCUGACCCCGUUAGAGUUGUGUCUAUUGGUGUUUCUGUCGAGGAUUUGUUGUCUAAUCCAAAGAAUGAAGAUUGGCACGGACUCUCAAUCGAAUUCUGUGGCGGAACUCACGUGGCUAAGACUGGUGAGAUCAAAGACUUGGUCAUCAUCGAGGAAUCUGGUAUUGCAAAGGGUAUCAGAAGAAUCGUAGCCGUCACUGGCCAGGAAGCUCAUGAAGUGCAAAGAAUUGCCAGAGACUAUGAAGAGUCUUUAACAGCUGCGGACAAGCUUCCAUUUGGUUCCGAGAAGGAGAAAAGAACAAAGGAGUUAGGUGUUGGCUUGAAGCAGCUUUCAAUCUCCGUCUUGGGAAAGAGCAAGUUGAACGACAAAUUCAACAAAAUCGACAAAUCUAUUAAGGACAAUUUGAAAGCUAAGCAGAGAGAAGAAUCCAAGAAGACUCUUGAAGUCGUAAAGCAAUGGUUCGAUGACGAAGAAAAAUCAAAGGCUCCAUUUUUCGUUGCGCAUGUUCAAAUCGAAGCAAAUGCCAAGGCUAUCACCGAGGCUAUCAAUCUUGUUAAGAAGCAAGAUAAAACCAAGUGCCUUUAUUUGAUAACUGGUGUCGAAGGUAAGGUUGCACACGGCUGCUAUAUCUCAGACGAGGCCAUUGCCAAGGGGCUUAAUGCCAAUGAGUUGGCAAGUGUUGUCAGCUCUCAUGUCGGCGGUAAAGCCGGAGGAAAAGGAAAUGUCGUGCAAGGCAUGGGUGACAAGCCUGAGGGAAUCCCACAAGCUGUGGAAGAUUUGUCCAAACUUCUCGCCGAGAAGUUGUAGGCAUUUAUUUUACUCUAAUAUUUAUACCGAAGUAAUCAAAGGUCCUGUGAAAAUUUACGGUUGUGGUUCAUUUGUGGUCAUGUACUCUUCUUCCUGCAAAGUAAUUUCCUUUGCAUUCUCCCCAACAUUCUUUAUGACUUUGUCUACCACAAGGCGUAAGUCUCCUGAAGACACCGAGCUGUCACCGAUUAUGCUAAUUGUGUUGAUUUUCCAAUUGAAGUGUGGGUAAGAUCCCAAUUUAAUUUUCCCAGGGCCAUGAAUAGUGUUGCAAUGAUUUUGGAGGUCGCUUAAAAAU